GUGAAGAGGGAAGUUGUGCCAAAAACGUGACUCGGCUCAGAGAACAAAGUAAAAUUAUUCGCAGCUUCACUUUUCCCAUUUGUCAAACUUGCCAACGUACCUUGGUCCGUCUAAUUAUAAAAAUUUACAAUCGUGCUGAUAGACGGCGUUUGUACAAUAUUGAAAAACAUCGUAAGUUAGGAGCAUGCACUACAUAAUCUGUGACGAAAUCGAUAACACCGUGUCAUUAAACUCUUAAUAUGUUAAUAUGUAUGACAAUUAUAGUAACGAUGUUGAAAAUGAAGAUGAUGAUUACGGUGCUGAUAAUGCUGAUGGUGCUGAUGGUGAGGAUGAUGAUGCUGAUAAUGAUGAUAAUGAAGGUAAUGAUAAUGAUGAUAAUGAUGAUAAAAUCACUGUCUUCGCGAAACUUCGACAUAAACUAUUAUAUAUAUUUAAGAAGUUAAUGUACACGUGUUUAGUUCAAUUAUUAGAUUAAAUUGUAACGUUCUAAAUUAAUAUAUUUAUACGAUUGACACUCAAAGAAAAUUACAUUUCGAAAAAUUAACAUAUGUCGGUAAUGUAGUUAACUUCAUACUUGUGGAUUUCUUCAUCAAACCACAAGAAUAUAAUU